CGUGGUAUCACAUGGCUCACACACAACCCCAAGAGCAUCGUCUAACAGCAGCCAGGCGUGAUUUCCUGGCCAGGGCUUGGGUAUAUAACUUGGUCAAGAAGCACACUGUAGAGCAUUCCACGUCAAGUUGUCCAACAUCAACCCAUUAACCGACUUAAACCAUUCUUCGAGCCCUCCCUGCGGCAUAGACGUCAACAUGCAACUUUCCGUGGUUUCGAUGCUCGCAUUGGCCGUGUCUCUGGUCAACGCCCAGUCCCGGACGACUUCGACGCGAAAGACGGCAACGAGCACCAUCAAGUGGCAAGCCUCCGGCGGCGUGUCCUGCCCCCACCCGUCCGUCAACACGCAGUGGCCGACGCCCACGGGCAGCACGUCGUUCCCCACGGCGUCCGUCAUCCCGGCCAACGCCGUCUUCGACGGGAAGAUGGCGCUGUUCGACCGCAAGGGCAGCAGCGGCGACUGCAAGGGCCAGGUCGACCAAGACGAGGCCGCCGCCGUCUUCAUCCUCGAACCCGGCGCGACGCUGAAGAACGCCAUCAUCGGGCCCGCCCAGGCCGAGGGCGUUCACUGCCGUGGCCCGUGUACCAUUGAGAACGUCUGGUGGGACGACGUGUGCGAGGACGCGGCCACGUUCUACGGCUCCGGGCCCAGAUACAUCCGGGGCGGAGGGGCGCGGGAGGCCAGCGACAAGGUCUUCCAGCACAACGGCGAGGGAUGGCUGCACAUCGACGGCUUCUACGCCAACAAGUAUGGCAAAUUCUACCGCUCGUGUGGCAACUGCAGCCAGCAGUUCCAGCGUCACGUCAACAUUACCAACUUUGUUGGCAUCCAGGGCGUCGUUAUGGGUGUGAACCAGAACUACGGAGACACGGCUACGUUGUCGAAUUACUGCCUUGCCAAGAUCGGAGUCAUCUGCACACGUUACUCGGGCUGUGUCAAGCCCUGCGAGGCCGGGGAGAUUGGCGAGGGGGCGUUGGCGCCGUACUGCGUGGUCAAUGGUCAAGACUGGUCGUAAGGGAUGCAUGAUGAGGCUUGAGUCAUCCAGUUUCCCUUUCAUCUAGUAUGAUGCUAUAUGAGUAUCCAUGCCGACUAGCAAAGCGUUUGAAUCGGAAGCCCGUCCAUCUUCCUUGCUGCCUAAAUCCCUAGUUGUCCACUGCGAAUGACGAGACAUGAGUUGCGAAAAGCCGGUGGCUUGAUUACAAU